AGUAGUGAAAUGGAGGUACACGAUCGAUUGAUGAAUGUGCCGACGACGGAUUUAACGAUCCUGGAAAUUUUCACUGAAGAUCAAGAGAGAAAAUCGUUCAUAAUUCGAGAAGUGCUGGAAGUAUGUAACAAAAAAAUAUUGAACAAUUGCACGGAUCUCAAGGUUCUCGAAACAUUUCGUAGGAUACUUUGUUACGAGUAUCAAAAGUUUAUAAAUUCAGGAAUUCGUUGGUCUACUUUCGAUGGGAACAAGAACAAAAUACAUCUGGAAACAUUUUCUCUUUGGGAUGUUGAGUGUUCCACCGAUACUCAAGAAUUCGCUCUUCUGUAUGAUGUUGCUGUGUUGCAACUAGCAUUCAAUAGCAAAAAAGAGGCUCUCAUUGAUUUGUUUAAAGAUCGUUAUGAUUCACAAAAAGAACGAUUAGCCAUAGAGCAUGAAUCUCUGCAUCUUUGCCUCAGAGUAUUAGAAUGCGUCACUGAUGCUUAUAGCUUACACUCUCAUCUCCACAAGGAACAUGACCAAAAUGAAGAGUUUGAGCAACUGCCAGAGUGUAUCGUGAAUGUUUUAGAGUUAUGGAUGAAACAGGAGACACGCUCCAAGUGGCAAAUACUGCUAACACUUUUGCCUAAACUGAUUUUGAUAUUUGGAGUUUCAAAAGUUGUCACUCCGCUGUGGAACAAAGUACUUGAUCAACAAUAUGAUCUAGACAAAAUUUUAGAUUUGCUAUGUGUAAUGGCAGACCUAUGCUUCCCAACCAACGAAGAACAAGUGCAACGGAUCCAUUACGAGUAUUCUAUUUCAACAGAAUUCUGGUUGGUGCUACUCCGGAGUCUUGAUUCCACUAUUUAUCAAGAGCGCAAAAAAGGUUUUUAUCUGAUGAAACGUGUCCUUGAUUUUAUUGAGUCAAAUGAGUCACAAAUAAGAAACCAUUUUGACACAUCAAAAACUGAAAUGGUACCGUUCAUCCACACAGCUGCUCAGAGCAAAGAGACCGUUGCUAUAUCAAUGAAAAAAUAUUUUUUUCUAAUCCUCGAAUCAUCAGAGGAGAAACAGAAACAUCUUGUGUUACCAGCUUUGACUUACCUUCCGGAUCUCGUCAAAGGUUAUUCCAUGCAGAAAUCUCAAUGCUAUCAUUUUCACAGAAAAUGGCUCCAGUGUGUUUUCAAAAGGAUCCUCCAGCAUGACAACAUUGCAAUUAAAAAGCUUGGAUUGCAAGAAAUCCUUAUGGCUGAUCUUGACAUUUAUGACGACAGCUUGCUGGAGUUUUUGGCAAAUUUCCUAAACAACAUUCUUCUAUACGAUUUUGAUUACAUUGAGGAGAAACAUCCAAAAAUCGUAUUUCAGUUGGUUGUAUUUUUCAUCAAAUCUGAAAGAGCUCAAGCACUUUUAAUCAAUUCUUUUGUUCGAGCUAUUUCCAAAAUAUCCUGGUGCCCUAUUGCUAUUCGAUGGAUCCUGGAAGCACUUGUUAAGACAGUUCUAAUAGAAGACAUAGUGUACAAUGUGUGGACAUCAGCAGAAUUGGCAUGCUGGAAUAACCUCAUGAAUUGCAACUUCGGAAGUUUGCAUUAUGCACUGGAUAACAGCAUUCACGAAAAUCUUUGGAUGGUAGUUUGUGGAUACAUACCAACUAAUUCUUAUUGGCCGGAUGUGGAGCUCAUUACACAUACUCUUAAUUCAUAUAUAAAACUCCCAGAGACUUAUGGGCCUACUCACGAGUACAUAUCAAAAAUAAUCAGAGCUUCAGAUGCGCAGUUGUACGUCUCCAAUCAGUGUGAAACACUGUGGUCAGGACAGAGUACCAAAUCAUUUGCAACUACAAUAGUUGUUUUUGCCACUUCGGAUCUAAUAUUGUCUCACAACAAUUGCUCUGCUAAAAGGAGUCUCCACAAAUUGUUUGAAACACUGAACAAUGUGUAUCGCAGAUUAUACAUAGAUAAAGCUACAACUCUGAAAGUUUUGGAACUUUUAUCGUAUAUAAUGAUUUUAGCUGGAGAAGAGUAUGACGUCUGUAUGUUAAAAAUCAACCCAUUUUUGCUUCAAUACCAUCAAGCUAUUGUAUGCAUAGUAGAAAGUUGCAUCGAGAAAGCGCAAAUUCCAGAAGCAGAGCACACACUGGCAUGCAAAGCUUUGAUAUUACACGACUAUUGCCAGCCGCGAAGUGGCCAUUUGAAAAGCUUCUUCAACCGAUGUAUUAAUUUCAUUCUGAAUCCUAACAAAUUGAGUAAAUACCACUGGAUGUAUGCCUUGAAGGCGGUAAACAGGUACAAUACAUGGCAUUCUUAUAUUAAAUACCCUAAGUUUGCCUCGAAAGUAAGCCCAACCAAGAUUCAAUCAUUGUUCAAGUAUUUUGAAGAAGAAAUAUUACACGUUCGUCGAGAAGACGAGGCGAAAACCAACGACGAAUUUGAUAAAAAAAUCGUUUAUGAUGGUUGUAAAAACAUGGCUAGAUUUAUCUCCAGCUAUAUCCAACAUGCAAAUUUCGAUGACCUAGUCGACAGUGGAUUUUGGCUCCAAAACCUCCAGCUUCUUGUUGAAAUAGGACCCGAAAAAACUAUCAUUGACGUUGCACAAAUGAUUUGUCACCCACUGGUCGCCCAUUACCAACAAUUGAAGACCGAAGAUCUUAGCUAUAUAAUUUCAAUCACUCGGCUAUCGUGCCGGCUGGUUUUUCAAGUGAAAAAAUCAAAAGUAUUCUUUGAUAUAAUAAAACAACUCACGCAACUCAUAGUUGAUUCAAAUUUUUUAAAUUUGAAUGAAGCAAAAGAAAUAGCAAUCAAGUGGGUCGAUCAGCUGAUGGAAGAAGGACGCAAAGUGCCAAAUCUCCGGCACACAUUCAUUACUGAAGUGAUAGAAUUAGAUAGAGACGAUGCACUCCUUUUUCUACAACCUCUUAUAGUCUGCCUUUUUCACGGAGAAGUUCCACGGCAUGAUCAAAAAAUAGCUGCAGCUGCAAUGAACCAUAAUGAUCCGCUACAUAGCAACAUCGGCAAGGAUAUAAGCAUUCGAUGUCGAGCAGUCAUCGCUAUGAUGGAAUUUUUGGGAGAACCAAAAGAAUUGAAUUCGACAUUUCGCGAAAAGAUGCUCCAGGAAAUUUUACUGAUUUUGAAGAAUCAUCGAAACAAAAGAUACUUCGACAAUUCUCACGUGCACAGACUGAAGCACAGAGCGAUGCAAGCUCUACUGGUACUGGAACCUUAUCUAAACGACGAAGAAGUACGAUAUCUUUACGAGGAAAUGUGCGAGUUAUUGAUCACUGAAAGUAAUCAGCCGAGUGUACGAUUGAUGCAAGAGUGGCUGCUUGUAAGGAUCUACGCAAAUUCCUUGAUGGAUGAAUCCAUAUGGGUACUUUUUGAAUUCGCGAUUGAAAAGCGUCCAGGGAGUCUAGUUUCCGUAUCCAGUAUAGUUUAUCACAUUUCACGAUUGCUUAAAGAUGAGGCAAAAAUCAAGUUCAUUUCCCAAGCGAUGUCGCAUCUUUUGCCGAGUUGCAUGAGUCAACAAUUUAACGUCCGUCUCUAUAGUCAGGUGAUCGUUGCAAAAUUGUACGAAAUGUUGCCAGAAGAGCACCGUUAUCGAUACAAAAUCAUCUUCAAAGCUGUACAAGAAAGUCUUCGCCACGGAAAUUUGACUAAAAAUUCCCCAAAAGUAAUGGACGAUUUUUAUUUCACAGAGUUUCAUCCGAACGAAGACUACAAUUUAGAGUUCAUUUAUGAGCAUCUGCCACGCUUAACGGGCUUACCGCCGGACGAGUGGAUCAAAGCCUCUAUAUGGCAGUUUGUCCAUGGUCACAAUUAUCCAAUCCCGCAGGAAUGCUCUCCCAAAUGGAAAAGAAUUAAAUUUCUCAAACGACCCCCGAAAUCAGCCGGUGGCGAUUCGUGGGAAGAAAUUGAUUCGACGAACGAGGGAGGUCUCAGUGAUAUUCAAAAGAAAAUCAUACCUUGGAAAUCGAUGACACCGUUUACCGACGAACUCUCGGAAGUCUCGAAAGCUGCACUCGCACGGAAAAUUACACGGAACACCGAUGCGGGUAUCAUCGUGGUUGCUUCUCUCAUUGAUCGAGCACCGAACCUCGGAGGACUCGCGAGAACCUGUGAAAUCUUCGGAGCCAAAGAACUGGUUAUUGGGAGCCUGAAAUAUGUCGAAGAUCGAGAAUUUCAGACGCUGAGCAUGUCCGCUGAAAAGUGGAUCACAAUAACAGAGGUCAAAGCUCAUCUUUUGAAAAAUUAUUUACUCGAACAACGGCUGAACGGAUGGAAAUUAGUCGGUGCAGAACAGACCGCUAACAGUACAAAUUUGAAUGAAAUGGAGUUUGAUAAAAAAACAAUACUCCUGCUAGGGAACGAAAAAGAUGGCAUUCCGGCAAACUUGAUUCCACUUCUGGAUACGUGUGUGGAAAUUCCACAAAACGGAGUCGUGAGAUCCUUGAACGUUCACGUUACAGGUGCAAUCUGUAUUUGGCAAUAUGCAAAACAGCACUUGUUCACAUAGUUGUAAAGUAAUUUCAGAGUACCUGAAAAAAUGAAGGUUUAUUGUUAGUAUGUACAUAGGUGAUCCGUACUUUUUGUAUAAAUAUAUUUUCAUACCUUAAAUAAUUAAGCUGCUACUGUAUAAUGCACAGACUUGCAGGAAAAAUCUUCUUUUACUAAGAGUAGAAUAAAAAAAUAUAUUUGUUCUUAGUUUGAAUAUCGAUCUAUUUUUCAAUAUUGAAAUAAAAGCUUAUUUUUCAUCCGU